UUUUGUUUUCAAUCAAAUCAAAUCAAAUCUUUCAACCAAUUUUUCAACUUCAGGAACUUAUAACUUUUAUUUCCCUAUUGUUUUAUCACAGGUUUUUAUUUUUAAAUAUUUUAAAUAUGAUUAACCUAUAAACUAUAAACCUUAAUAAACAGCUGUUGAAACAAUGUGGUCUGAAUUUUGAAAUUGAAAAUGGAAAAUGCAAGGGAAAAUGCUGAUAAUGAUUUAUCUCACGACCUCCCUCAGUACGAAAGCAUGUUUAUGAAAAGUUUUAAGUAUUACAAAUCAAAAAGACCUCUACCUUCGCUUGAACAAGUUAUAAAUUAUGAAUAUUGUGAUAAAUCACUAGAGAUGACCACAGUCCAGUGUUGUCUUAACAACAACAAAGAUCCAAGAGCAAGUAGUUUGGGUUUACAGGAUUCUAAUAACUGGAAGAUGUUCGAGUUUGAAAAUCAUCCAGGUUUAUUAUUAAUAAAAGAUCCAUUUACAAGCAUGGGGCAAAAAUUUUGGAUUAGAAAAUGUUUAGAAGAAUAUCCGAAAAAGCCUAAUAAAACUAAUAUUGAUGUAGAAAGACAUAUCGAGGAUUGGUGGAGAGAUUGUCACAAAGGUAACAAAUGUGAUAAGAACCUAAAGAAAAAGUUACGCUGGACUACAUUGGGAUAUCAUCACAACUGGGAUUCAAAAGUGUACAGUGAAGAUAAUAGAACAACUUUUCCAGUUGAGUUAGCAGAGCUGUGUGAUGUUGUUGCACACCAUCUGGGGUUUGAAGGCUUUAGAGCAGAGGCGGCCAUUGUCAACUACUACCACAUGGGUUCCACACUCUCUGCUCAUACAGAUCACUCAGAGGUCAACUUGGAAGCUCCUCUAUUUUCCUUUAGUUUUGGCCAAUCUGCAAUAUUUCUAAUAGGAGGUCAUGACAAGUCAAAAGAACCUUUAGCUAUACUUCUCAACAGUGGGGACAUAGUUGUUAUGUCCAAAGAAGCCAGACUGUGCUACCAUGCAGUCCCCAAAAUAUUACCAGCGUCCACACAACCAUGGAAUAAAGAAGAACAUUUAAUAAGUAUGAAACAGAAAGGGACUAAAUUUAAGUUCAUAGAUGAAGCAAAACUUAUACUAGAAAUGGAAAGAAAUAUUGAGAACAAAGAAUGGAGUAAGUUUAAUAGUUAUGUCGAGGAAUCAAGGAUUAACAUUAAUGUAAGACAAGUGUUAAAUGCAAAUCAGGAAAGUUUAUUGGAUUGUAAGAAUAAUACAUGAAAUGAUUACAA